UGUUGUCGGCCACUCUCGUGACUGUUCGUUCAGUCCACUUCUGAUUAAGUCUCCGGCGGCAGCGGCUUGGUUCACCGGGUUAAAGAAAUGCUCGCCACCACAAUCUCGUCAGCUUUUCCAGUCAAUGUUGCGCCGCAUUUUGGAAAUGAACCAUUAUCCUCUACUACUCUGCAUUGCCGCCGAACCAAGAAUCCGAUGAGGUUAACAAGAGGAGUCUUUCCAGUUUGUGAAUUUCCAGCAUUUCUUCCCGAGCAAGUUGAAAAUAUCAAAGAUCCAUUUGCGAGAAAAUUGGCCUCAAGAAUUGAAAGACUGCCCGUUCAAGUUAGCUUUUUAGACAGUUGUAUCAUGACUAGUUGUGUGAAGCCAGAGGGAGAUAGCAAGAAAAGUCCAGUGCUUCUUCUUCAUGGUUUUGACAGCUCUUGUUUAGAAUGGAGAUACACACUUCCAUUGCUUGAGCAGGCAGGUUUGGAAACUUGGGCAAUUGAUAUUCUUGGUUGGGGCUUCUCUGAUUUAAAAAGGCUCCCACCAUGUGAUGUAGCUUCAAAACGUGAUCACCUCCACAAGUUCUGGAGUUCCUAUAUCAACAGGCCAAUGACAAUAGUUGGGCCAAGCCUUGGAGCAGCUGUGGCAAUUGAUUUUGCUGUCCGCUAUCCUGAAGCUGUUGACAAACUGAUUUUGGUAGAUGCCAGUGUUUAUGCAGAAGGCACAGGGGACCUUGCAAAGUUACCCAAAACAUUAGCAUAUGCUGGGGUCUAUUUAUUGAAAAGUCUUCCCUUGCGCCUGUAUGCGACUUCGAAGGCUUUCAAUGGUUUGCCAUUAAAUACCUUGUUUGAUUGGACCAAUAUUGGCCGUUUACAUUGUCUAUUACCUUGGUGGGAGGAAGCUACAGUUGAUUUUAUGAUCAGUGGAGGUUAUAAUGUUGUUGCCCAUAUAGGACAUGUAAAACAAAAGACACUCAUAUUAUGGGGUGAGAAUGAUCAGAUUAUAGAUAGCCAGCUUGCACUGAGACUACAUUCUGAACUGCCAAAUGCAAUUAUACGGCAAAUACAAGAUUGUGGCCAUAUACCCCAUGUGGAGAAGCCUGCUGCAGUCAGCGAGCUGAUAACAGAAUUUGUUUGAACUUCAUGCAAUCUGGGAGAUAACUGUAUCUUCAUAUGUGAGAAAUUAUCCUACUGCUUUUGAGGCAAUGUUGAGGGAACCAGGCAAUUCCGCGAAUAUCUUCUCAGCGUUCUUAGCAUUGCAAGGAAAGGACUUCAUUUGAUUGCCAAGAAAUGUAGCAUGAAAUUCUUCCGAAAGUGAUUUGUUGCUUACCGCCAGGACUCGUGUCAAGCAUCAUACAUCAAGAACGCAGAAACCACUCGAAUCUGAUCCACCAACCCCUUGGUUCGGCUCAUGUUCUUCACUUUCUGAAGUGUGACACUCUUAUUUAUUUUUCUUCUUUUUUGUUUCCGAUACCUUGCCAUGUUUUAUAUGACGGAUCAAGAUUUAGACGAUCAUGAAAUGAAAAUCCAUAUUAUUUAAUCA